AUGGACAGCAACGCGUCCGCGGGCCCCGCCAAUCCCACGAGCCCGUCGCGCGGGCCGCUCGGGAUGUCGAGGCUUAUGAGGGAGGCGAACAGGAUGCAGCGCGAGCAGGAGCGCGACCGCGCGGAGCGAGCGAGGACGCAGGCGCGCCUCGCGGAUGAGAACGCGAGGGAAUCGAUGGGCGUCGUCGCCGGAGCGGCGACGAACACGGCCGGCGGCGACGAGGAGAACGUCAGGCCCGAGCCGUCCAUUCACGACUUCGAGGGCGCGACGCUGCGGGAGAAGGCCGCCGCGAUGGCGCGAGCUCUGGCGCGCGCCAAGGACUCCGGCCGCGGCGGCGGAUCCGAUCCGCAUCCAGGCGGCGAUGGACCCACGCAUCCAAGCGACGCGCGCAGGGAGCUCGACUCGAAAGGCGAUGCCGUCGAGAAUGCCAUCGCAGACCAGAGGGAGGCUCGUCGGGCCAAGCAGCGGAGGACGGGUAACGCCGAGCGAGAGAUAUCCGACGAGCACAAGCGCGUCAACACGCAGGAGGAAUCCGCGAACGCGAAGCGCAACUGGAGCAAGACGAGGGUGGCGCUCACCGCCAGACGCGCGGCGGUGCACCUCGCCGGCGUCAACAACGAUCGGUGGACAGACGUCAACACCCUCUUCGAGUACUACAACGCGACGUACUUCGACAAUCAGCUCGGCGAGGUGACGUUCUCGUGGAUCGAUCGCACCGCGGACGACGAGGACUUUCGGUACUGCCUGUGCAGCGCGGUGCCGGGUUGGUGGCACGGCGCGCACAAGAACCUGAUGUGCGGGGUGUCGUGUUGCGUCGAGCGGCGGCGGGGCGGAUACGCCCGCCGAAGCGUCCACAUCCGCAUGCCGGACGCGAUGCGAAAGUUCAAGCUCACGAACAUGGCCAAAGAGGGCCUUCUGCACUCGAUGAUACACGCGUACCUGUUCAUGACGGGCGCGGUGAAGGAGCACGAGCCGUUUUACGAGCACGGCCCGCAGUUUCGUCACAUGAUGCGGCGGCUGAAUAACGACACGUUGACGUUUGACGCGUUUCGUCCCAGCGGCGGGUACGAGAUCAUCUUCUCCGACGCCGCCGAGGCUUCGGAGCACGAUCACCUGCUGGAGCAGGAGAUGCUCGAUCAGAUCACCCUGGAGCACUAUAAACUGCUGUACCUGGUCAGCAGGUACAGCAUGUACGCGAGAAACGUGACGGAUAACGAGACGUGGGUGAGAUACCAGCCGUUGCUGGUGCUCAUGUACGAGCUCAUCGUCGCCGGCGUCAUCGACUACGAUUACGCCCCCGCGUCGGCGAUGGUUUCCGGGCGACGGAUAUACCUCAACGUGACGCAGGAAGGGAGGGAUAACCUGGACGAUCUGGUCGAGGCGAAGCUGGUGCGCGCGCUGCGAACCAUCGGAGACGAUAAGCAGCCCGUGGUGGCGUACCAGAUAACGGAGGAUGGACUUCGGAGGCUACGGGCGUCGCCGCUGAACAAGGGCGACCGAUCGGAGAUUGACGAGAUCAUCCAGGAUCCGUUCGGGUCGCUGAUGAUGGUGGGGUACGACGAGGACGACGAGACGUUCCGGCUCUACAGCGACAACGGCUUUUGCGUCGACAGCACGGUGACGGACACCGAGGAUGUCUCCUACGUGUCGUCGCCUUAUUUACCCUUCACCGUUCGAGAUCUCAAGCGGCCGCUCGCGUCGAACGCACACCGCGCGCAAGAGGCGGCGACGGGCACGAGCAACCUGCGCGACGAACUCGACGUCCAGAUGACGCUCUCGCGGCUGGUGAUCCUCGUCGGGGAGUGGAUCCCUUUUGGAUGUAACCAAAUCAUGCAGCUCACGCAGAAGCUCGGCGCGCACGACAGAAUCCAGGGCGGAUACUUCUCCGCGGAGAUCGAUCGACACUCCACCGAGACGAGCUUGGAAAUUCCCGUGGGCCUCACGAAGGUCACGGUGAACUCGUGCGACGCCGCGCAGUGGAUCAACAUCGAAGCCGAGGUUGAGUUCCCCGAGGACGAGGGCAUCACGCAGGUUGAAAACUUUGGAAUCCGGUACCAACGCGACGGCACCGUUCUGUACGGAUUGAAGCUCGAAGCGGUGAUGGAGGCGAUCCUCAACGACAUCUCGCUCGAUAACCUCGCGCGCGUCAUGACCGACAUACACAUCGACAGCAGCAAGGUGACCGAAUCGCUGUGCUCGCACCACCAGGGGAAGCUCCUCGAGAUGGUCUUCAACGGCAACGAGAUGAACCGAAACAAGGUCAACGUGUUCAUCGCGGAGAAGAUCACGCCGAAGCUGAGGGCGCUCAGGUACCUGGACGGCGACGCGCUCGAAGCCGAGCUCAAGCAGAUCAUCGGCGAUACGCAGCACGCCUUCGACAUCACAGAGAAUGACGUCGUCAUCUUCGGCGACGCCGGCGUCUUGUUCGCCGGGCCCGAGUGCAUUCGCCACGAGACUCUGCUGCUGGCGUACCUGGCGCUCAAAUCUCGCGAGGAUUUCGUCACCAACUUUUUCAACCGCCUGUUCAUCAUCGCGGAGGAGAUGACCAGGCAGCAGGAGCUCAUCAACAACUUCUUCGAGGACCCGAGUCACGUCCAGACCAUCCGGCACGAGCUCUCGCGGAUCAACGAGGACUGCAUCAUGCUCGAAGAGGUUAUGCGGAACCUUCAGGGUUCCGUGGAGAAAGAUGCGCUGCCCGAGGAGCACAUGCCCAAGACGAAGGGAGGUAAGCGACUGUACCAUAUCCUUCAGAUACCGAAGAUGCAGGAGUCACUGCGCCAGCGCGUCCAGGACUGCGAGAAACAAGUGGGGGCGACGCGCUCGGAGAUUGAGUUUCUCAUCGAGCAAAUUGGCAUCGUCAUGGCGUCGAUCCGAUCGCAGGUGAACCGGGAGACGAAGGAGCUCUAUCACUCGGCGUCCGAGCAAAUGAAACUAAACGAUUCCACCGCGUCCAGGGACGUCAUGCAGGUGCUCAUCACCGGAUCGCUGGCCUUUGCCGCGCUGGACAGGUCCGUGGGUGAGUGGUCGGUCUUGUGGGACGGCUGGAUGAAGUUCACGGUGACCUAUCCGCUGAUCAUCAACGAAAACGCCGUUUGGUUCUGGCUCUCGCUGUUGACGUGGGCGUUCAUCGCGGCGUUCGUGCUGUACUGGAUGUACUUCACCAGGUCGCAACAGAGCGGAAUCAUACACCACGUCGCGAGGUUCGACAUGAAAGUUGACGUCCCGAAGUUGUUCGAGUACGUCCGGAAGAAGGGGGUCAUGCAGGAGGACAUCGUCGCGGAUCCAAACUCGCAAAAGUGCAUGACGGAUUUCAAGUACGUCGACGACAACAAGACGCUGUGGGAACACUACACCCCGACGAUCGUCCUCACCGUGGACGUCCGCAACGGCGUCUUGUACCACGCGGACAUCGCGAUCACCAAGCCCAUGUUCGCACCGGCCAGGCUCUUCCCGCGCGAGCUGCAGGCUCGGCUCUAUUCCGACUUUGAGCGAUGGAACGUGAUCGAGAAGGAGACCGUGUCUCGAGGUUCGAUAUUGGAGUCCGAUCGGACCAUCACCCUGAUGGCGAACCAGCCCCCGCGCGGUCAUUGGCGAGAGGUUAAAAUCGAGGAGAGGACGAUCGCGCACCUGAGAGAGCAGCUCGCUCUCAAGUUUUGUUACAAGGUUGAGAACCUGCUGUCCGUGACGACGACCAAGGAGAUUGGCGACCAGAUCGCGGAGGAGCUCAUCGAGGACGACCAGCAGGUGGUCGCGCUGCGCGAUUACCAGCGCUUGUUCGUGCAGUUUAAGGGGCGUCCCGACCCCGGGAUGAGCGCUUUCGCGGCGAGGCUCAAGAAGGUUCAAAAGGCGCAAGCCGCCGGCGUGAAGGUUGGGUUGAAGGAGACGAAGAACAAGGGCAAGGCGAAGCACAGAAAGUACGGCGAGACCAGGGACGAGGAGGACCUCUUAUACGGCGACGCCGCGGCGGAAUAGACGGCACGAGUUUUGUAUUCGGUCAUCUCGUUAGAAC